CUUAAAAAGAGUAGAGAGAGGCUCCAGAAAAAAUGGCAUACAAUCCAUCUAAGUAAGAAGGGUAUUGGGAUUCUUCCUUCCUCUUCCUCUUCCUCUUCCUCCAUGGCCAUGUCCAUGUCCCUGGGUCUAUGAGAUUGAGAUGAUGAUGAUGAUGAUGAUGAAGCCCGAGCCCAAAUCCUAGUGUAGCAUGCAAGGACAAGCAAUCGCCAUUCCAAAUUUCCCGUUCCGACUAUGCUUUACAUACUUCCUAUGGCUGUGAUUUCAUCACCACCACCAUCGUCCAUGCCCAUAAACUCUUCCUUCUUCUUCCCAACCCCUGUUCCCCUACCCCUUCCCCAUUUCAACAACCAUUUCCUCUUCUCCAAACAGCUUCUUUCCUCUAUUACUAUUCACGCCAGCUUUCCCCGCCUCCCCGCCGUUCAUUCAUCCUCUACCUACCAAGUGCUCGACGAAAUUCCUCUUUCAGAUACCUUUGCGUGGAAUAAUCUUAUCCACGCCCAUCUCACCGAUGGACAUUCUUCCCAAGCCCUCUUCGUUUUCGUGCAAAUGCUUCUUCGCGGCGUUCCCCCCGACAGGCACACUCUCCCUCGCAUUUUAACUGCUUCUCGCCUUUCCCGCGCUUUCUUGUUUGGAAAACAGACCCACGCCCAUGCUCUCAAGCUCGGCCUCUCUGCCGACCAUUACGUACUCACUGCUCUUAUGGAAUUCUACGGUCACCUUGACGGUGUUGAUGCUGCCAGAUUGCUGUUUGACUCAUCUCCUCGGAACUCCGUGGUUGCUUGGACUACGUUGGCUCGCUUGUAUAUAAUGCACGAUCGACCCCGUUUGGCCAUCCACCUAUUCAAUGCCAUGGUGGACUCUGGUGCUGCCAACAUCGAUUCUGUAGCAUUCGUCACUGCUAUUAGUGCUUGCAGGCUACUAAAAUCGCUGCAAGAAGGAAGAAAUGUUCAUCGCUUUGCUAGGAAACACGGCGUGGAGCACGAUGUUCUGGUGGCCAAUUCCCUUGUGAAAAUGUACAUUGACUGUGGUAGUGUCCAAGAUGCUCGAGCAGUCUUUGAUAGAAUGCCUGCAAAAGAUGCCAUUUCGUGGACAGAAAUGCUUCAUGGGUAUGUGAAAAAGGGAGGGUUCAACGAGGGUCUCAAAUUGUUUCGGCAGAUGAAUGUAGUGGAGGCUCUAAGACCAGAUGCAGUCACAAUCUCAAGCAUCCUUCCAGCUUGUGCAAGAGUGGCGGCACAUAAACACGGCAAAGAAAUUCAUGGCUACUUGGUGAGAAAUGGAAUUGGAAUGAACCUUGUGGUGCAGAAUGCUCUAAUGGACGUGUAUGUAAAAUCCGGAUCCAUUGAAUAUGCUUCUAGGAUAUUUGCAGGGUUGAAGGAGAGGGAUGCCAUUUCAUGGACAGUGAUGAUAUUGGGCAAUAGUUUGCACGGUCGUGGGGAGGCUGGAGUUGCCAUGUUCCGAGAAAUGGAAAAUGAAUCAAUUGUUGAAAUAGAUCAAACCAUGUAUGUUGGAGUCCUAUAUUCUUGUUGUACUGCCCGCGUGGUUGAAGAUGGUAAGUUCUUUUUCAGCCGUAUUAAGGCACCUAAAGUUACACAUUGUGCUCUAAUGGUGGCUCUUCUAGCUCGGUCUGGACUUUUUGAUGAGGCCAGGACAUUCAUUGAGGAAAGGAAGCUUGGACGACAUGCAGAGGUUCUGAGAGCUUUGCUAGAUGGGUGUAGGAUCCAUCAGAAUGCUAAUGUAGGAAAGCGAGUUAUUGAGCAACUAUGUGACUUGGAGCCUCUUAAUGCAGAGAACUAUAUUUUGCUAUCAAACUGGUAUGCGCACAAUGCAAAAUGGGAUAUGGUUAAUAAAUUGCAAGAAACUAUCAGAGACAUGGGUUUGAUACCUAGGAGAGCUUUUAGCUGGAUAGAGUUCAGAAACAAAGUUCAUGUGUUUGGCACGGGGGAUGUAUCACACCCAAGAUCAGAGAAAAUAUAUUGGGAAUUACAGAGUUUGAUGGAGAAACUGGAUGAAGCCGGCUUCAAGCCUGAUUCAGAUUUCUGUCUCCAUGAUGUAUAUGAAGAGCGAGAGUGCACUCCUGUUGGUCACAGUGAAAUGUUGGCUGUUUCUUUUGGGCUCAUUAGUACACAAGCAGGGGCAAUAAUUCGCGUGACAAAAAACCUACGAAUGUGUCUCAACUGCCAUGAUUCCAUACGGCUUAUCUCUAAGAUAGUAAAUAGAGAAAUCAUAAUAAAGGAUCAAGUUUGUUUCCACCACCUCAAAAAUGGUUUUUGCUCAUGUGGAGAAUUCUAACAGUGGGGUAUCUGCGUUUAGCAAUAUUUAAGUUGAUUGGUCCUGAAAAUGCGAUGGUAACAUAAAUAUACUUGCAAGUUUGUGAUUCAAUAGAUCACAUUAUAAUUCCACUCAAAAGAGUACAAGGAAGGGCAACAGCUUGUGUCAGACAUCCCCCCUCGCGUAUUCGUUAAUUCUGUUGAUCAAUUGAUUCAUGCCCAACAACUUCUCUGCAAGCAGUGACAGACUUGGUUGAUAGAACUGGAAUCACAAUCUGCUAAUAUUGUAUAUAAUAUGGCCCCCUCCCUGGGGCUUUUUCACUUUUCAUUUUUUUUUUGUUGUCUCCUUUUAUAGGAUUUUUUUUAAUACCCCCCACCCACCCAUCUGGGGAAUGGUGUUUUUACUCUUUUUUUCUUCUUGUUGUCUCUUUUUUGUAGGAUUUUUUUUUCCCUAUUGCAGAUUGAGUCAUGACUACUCAUGAAUCUGAGCAAAAUUCUUGUUUUCCAGAUAUGUUUUUAAGGAUUUUUGCGAAGAAAUGUUCAGUGACAAAAUCAAUCUUUUCACAUUUUGAUACUGUGUACUGUUAAAGGAUGUGGUUGGUCUGUCAAGGUGCAGAUGCUUUGGAGAAUGUAGUUGCUUGUCAUUUGAAGCCCCAGUGCAAGGUUCCAGCAUAGACGAUAAUUCAGCAAGCAAUCCCCAUGAGGAGCAUAUGCAGGAUGAUCCUGAUUCUUGAGGUCUAUUCUUGAGCUCUUAUCUACUGUCAUUCGGUUACCCUGAAAUCCUUGAAUUAGUACAUCUAGAUCUGUUUAAGUGGGUGAUUUUUUAACAUCGAUCAUCUCAUGAUCUAUGCUCUAGUUCUUACUAUCAAACAUCAUGCCAUGUAACUGAGUACAGACAUGGAAAUUUGGUGGUCGAAUCAAUUGCAUAAGAGAUUUGGCAUUCAGAAAUCUACGCAAAAGGUACUGAUAGAUGUGUCUCUAGUUCAUUUGGCAUGUAGCAGCUGUUAGUAGACCCUUAUGUGAACUUACAAGAUUAUUUCAAUCUAGGUGAUGGAUGUUUUGUUAUAUUAAUUAAUGAAUAGGCAAAAGGAUUAAAUGUUUCUGGUGUGACUCCAGGGGAAUUGGUGGGUCGAUGGAAAGGGGAAUUUCAAUGGGAGUGGGAAUGUAAAAUUGAUGUUGCAGUUGGGAUUUGCAAUCAUCAAAGGGGUACAGAGAGAGAUACAGAUAGGGUUUGGAAUUGGGUACUACUGAUGAGCUGCUUGGAGGAGAGGAUAGGAGAGGAGAGGAGGGAUAGGAUCUAUAAUUAAAGAAUCAACUAGUAGAUUGGAAUAUUGGAACUCCCAACUAUCAAAGGGCCAUUCACCUUUAGGCAUACACUACCUGUUGUUUGGAGCUGGACACACAGAUAGAUAGGAUUUAUCGAGUGGCUCGCUCAUCCAAAAAUGGAUAAAAGAAACAGAAGAAAGCAUUUCGUUUCUUGGCGUGUGUGUACAGAAGACUGUAUUUCAUGUUGAUACAUAUGUUGUAUGUAGAAAAAGAACAAAAGUAAUAAUGCGGACAGGCAAUCAAGCCAAACGUAUGAAUUAUGAAAUAUCAUCAUAAGAAUAGUAUGAUGAUGAUGAUGAUGAUGAUGUGUCAGAGUUACCUGGCAUGUUUAAGGCCGCCAGUUGUUAAGAUGUUAUUUGGGGGGGAGGAGAGAGACAGGUCAUGGAGAAGAAAAAGGUUGGUAUUUUGUAGAGGAUAGACAGUGGGUACA